AUGCUCAGUGGCCUCCCAUGCACAUCUCCGUACCUCGACGACAUCCUUGUGGGUGGCCGCACUGUCGAGGAGCACAAUCAGAACCUGAACUGUGUCCUUCAGCGUCUGCAAGAGUAUGGGUUUACGGUCAAAUUCGAAAAAUGUCGAUUUUUCAUGCGACAAGUUAAGUACCUGGGUCAGCUUCUUGAUACGGUAGGCAUUCGUCUGGACCCGGACAAGGUAAAGGCAAUUGUAAACAAGCCGCCUCCUCAUGAUGUUCCCACACUUCGAUCUUACUUAGGUGCGAUUAAUUACUAUGGGAAAUACAUUCGGGAAAUGCGCACCCUUCGCCAACUGGACGAGCUACUCAGGGAGAGUACCAGCUUCCAGUGGACCGACAUCCAACAGCGCUCCUUUGACCGCUUCAAGGAAAUCCUCCAAUCGCCGCUCAUGCUGACGCACUUUAAUCCUCGACUUUUAAUAAUUGUGUCCGCAGACGCGUCGAACGUGGGCAUUGGUGCUCGCAUCGCGCAUCGAUUCCCUGAUGGAUCAGAGAAAGCCGUCUACCACGCAUCCCGUAGCCUAACUCCAGCCGAAUCCAGGUAUAGCCAGAUAGAAAAGGAAGCCUUGGGUCUGGUGUACGCCGUUACAAAAUUUCACCGGAUGAUCUACGGGAGGCAGUUUGUUCUUCAGACUGAUCACAAACCGCUCUUGGCAAUUUUCGGGUCGAAGCGUGGAAUUCCUUUAUACACUGCCAACCGCCUACAAAGGUGGGCACCAACCAUGCUCCUGUAUGACUUCAGCAUCGAAUACAUAUCCACGGACCAUUUCGGGCACGCGGAUAUCCUCUCCCGCCUGAUCAACUCACAUAUCAAGCCGGACGAGGAAUACAUUAUUGCAUCGCUAAAAGUCGAAGAAGUCCUCUGCAAUAUAGUCUGCCAUUCCAUUGAGUAUCUUCCCAUCACGUAUAAGACGAUUGCGGAAGAGACAAACCAGGACCGGACAUUGCAGAAGGUCAUCGAGUUCGUGCAGAAGGGUUGGCCAGGUGAUGCCAAGUCUCUCACCGAAACAGCAGGUGUUAAGCACUUCUUCGCACGUCGUGAUUCGCUGUAUGUUGCUCGCAGAGUUUUGAUGUACAGUGAUCGGAUCGUCGUCCUGAAAAAACUGGAGCAAAAAGUACUCCAACAACUGCACAGGGGUCAUCCUGGAACAGACCGUAUGCGGUCAUUGGCGUGGAAUUUUGUCUAUUGGCCCAACAUUGACGAGCAAAUCACCGUGCUCAGUCGCCAAAACGGACACCAAGACGAAGCUCGAAUCGUGGCCCAUCCCCGAGAAACCAUGGCAAAGGUUACAUGCUGA